UGUACGAGAGAUACUGCGAAGCAAUGACAAAACUUUCACUUUCCAUUAUGGAGCUGCUGGGAAUAAGCCUGGGGCUUGAUCGCCGGCACUACCCGGAGUUCUUCGCCGAUAGCAACAAUAUAUUGAGGUGCAAUUACUACCCUCCAUGCCAGGAGCCAGAGCUCACCUUCGGUACAGGCCCGCAUUGCGACCCCACAUCCCUAACAAUCCUUCUGCAGCAAGACGAAGUUGAUGGACUCCAGGUUUUCUCUGACGGCGAGUGGCGCGUGGUCACACCGGUACCCGGCGCACUUGUCGUCAACAUCGGCGACACCUUCAUGGUAUUAAUCUUCAGUUAUAAUUAUGCAUCAUAUAUGUGAGCGCUAUUUACGUACGUCACACACAUGCUAUUCUGAGUGCGUAUGAUCCCGAAUAAUCUUCCAACAAUUUAGUUAUUAUGGAUUAUUAAGAAAUUAUUGGAGGUAUUAACCCCAAUAACAUCUCAAUACCCUCCCAAUAAACUAGCAAUACAUUUCGAGGUU